AGGACACUCGACUGUGUAGUGCAGUGGACAGUGCACUAUGAUAGACACCAUAGUCUCCUCUCCUCAAAAAACAGUAGCUCACUCCCUUCAAGGUUACAGUGUGUCAGGAGGAAGCAUGGAAGAGCCCUGGGAGCUGACCAGUCUGAGGGAAGAGGAGUUGGAGGAGUUCUGUGUAUACAUCGUCCAUGACCGGCCAUGUGAUAGUGUUGUUGGUCCAAACAGAGCUCAAGCAUCUCUUCCAAGAAAUCUAACUCUCAAACCAUCUGCAAUUAAUCCAAAUGAGCUUGGUGUUUGGAGUGUGGACUUUAUCCCACGGGGAACACGAUUUGGACCACUUGUUGGACAACUGUUUGAAAAGGAAUCAAAAAUGAACAUCAAGAAGCACUGCAAACAUUUGUGGAAGGUUUUUCAACACAAUGAAGUGAAGCAGUUUGUGGUGACAUCUGACCCUGUGUUUAGCAACUGGAUGCACUAUGUCCAGCAAACAAUACCUGAGACUGCUGGACAGCACAACUCUCUGGCUUGCCAACUGGACAGUAACAUUUACUUCUACACUGUCAAGUCAAUCCCAGCAAACUCAGAAAUUGUUGUCACCUACAGUCGUGAGUAUGCAGAGAGGAUAACUACACCACCAGUUAAAGAUGACAUGGUGUCAUGGAAACGCCAGCUGCUUGAGAGACAAGUUCCUCAUUCAUCUUCCUCAUUCCACCACUGUUUCUCUAAUAGCCAUGUGCUUAGUGAUGAUGAAGAAACAUCCCACAGCAGGAAAGACAUGGCUGCAUCAGCUGAAACAGAUCAGCACAUCUUAGACUAUAGUAUGCACAAACGUGAUGGUAGUCCUAGUAAUGAUUUUGGGAAACAGAAUAAUAGUCCACAAGAAUCAAUAUUUGAUGUGCAAGGAAAGAAAUUUGGGAUGGUAGACACAACAUCACUGUCAUCAUCUAUGAAAGACCCUGGUCCACCAGAAGCUCAUCAAAGUACAUCAUCAAAAUGUACUUUGAGUACACCAAAAAGAAAGAAUGGUAUUGAAAAACUGCUCAUGAAAAAAAUGAUGGAAAGAAGACAAGAAGUUCAUGAAUCAGGUCCUAAAAGGGGAUUUUGUAUGGCUCAUCCUCUGGCAGGACAGACAGUGUUUCAGUUUACUGGAAAACAGAAGUAUGAAUCAAAAGAACCAUCAAAAUAUAUGUCAAGUGAAAAUGCAAUACCUCCUCCCCUACCAUUCAAGGUAAAUCCAUUCUUUCCAAACAGUAUGAUGAUGGACAAGACCCUGGCAGCUUUCCAACCCUCAGUGAAACAGGGAGACCCUCAUUACAAACUUUUUGGAAGUCCAAACAGAUCAAAUCUAGGUGCACCACUGUUUUAUCCAUCUUCUCCUCUUCCUGGAAUGUUUCAUCUGAAUCAGUUGUAUCCAUUUCCAGCAUAUCCAGGGCUUCAAUCUUGGCCUCUGUACCCCCCGACAUUUCAUCAUACCUCCAUCCCAAACACUGUCAGUAGUAACUUCCAAAAGCCAAGCACACAAUCUUUAAAUGAGCAAGUACUUAACCUAAGUAAGCCUAAAUCUGACCAAUUUGGGCUGAGGGGAUAUAGAACUCUCCCUUAUCCCUUGAAGAAAAAGGAUGGAAAGAUGCACUAUGAAUGUAAUGUUUGCUUUAAGACAUUUGGUCAAUUAUCAAAUCUUAAAGUUCAUUUGAGAACCCACACAGGUGAGCGACCAUUUGUGUGCCAAACAUGUGGGAAGGGUUUCACUCAGCUUGCCCAUCUUCAAAAACACCACUUGGUCCAUACUGGGGAGAAGCCCCAUGAAUGUCACACGUGUGGCAAGAGGUUCAGCAGUACAAGCAAUCUCAAGACUCACAUGAGACUUCAUAGUGGGGAAAAACCAUUUCACUGCAAACACUGUCCAGCCAAGUUCACACAGUUUGUUCAUCUCAAACUCCACAGAAGAUUGCACACAAAUGAAAGACCUUAUGAGUGUCCACAGUGUAACAGAAAGUAUAUCAGUGCCAGUGGACUGAAAACACAUUGGAAGACUGGUAGUUGUGUUCCUGCAGGUACAGUAGCUGAUUACAACACUCUUGUUGAUGCUACCUUCUCUUUCACAAAGGAAGUGGAUAUCAGCAAAGAUUUUGUCUUUUCUCCUGUAAACAAUAUUGGAGAUGGACAGGAAGACAUAGAAGCUACCUACCAUCAGCUGGGUAUAGGGAAUUGUAGCAGCAGUGAGGAUGAUUGGGAAGCAGGAAAUGAUAUGGGGCAGCAUACAGAGGUCGGAGACAAUAAGGAAUCAGCUCUGAAACAAGUUGAUUGUGACAAGACACACAGUGCAGAUGAGGAGGCCUCAAAAACUGACAAUCCUAAAGUUUAAACAUCAAUACCACUGAAAUAGCACUAUUGUCGUCAUGAAAGAGAGACUGAUUACAACUACAACAAUAAAGAACAGUUUUCUGAUGUGACAAAAACUAGGAUUAAUUAGAGGAAUCAGAUUGUCAUAUGUUAAAAUUAUUUAUCAUACAUGAUAAAGAUUGUAGGUUUUGACAUGAUAUUGACAGAAAACAAAUAGGAUAAAUACGUAAAUGGUUACUCAGUGGGACAAACUUGCUUUCAACGUAACAGGGUUGUUAAAAAUGGGAAUAGAAAUCAAUGGAUUAUAUAUAAAUGAUGGACCAAGUUACUUCAAAGGUGUCAAAUAUUGAUAUUUCACACAAAAGUUCAAGGUUAGUAAGAUAAAAAAAUAGAAAAACAGCUCACCUGAAUAUUACGAUACUAUUUAAUUACAUUGGAAAGAUCAGAUGAGUUAAGAACAAGCAAAUGAAACAGCAAAUGUUUACACAACAUACAUUGUCGCAGUAUGUUAAUUAAAUUACACAUUUAUAUGUAAUACUAGCUUUGAAGAAGGAAAACAUUUUCCUAUUGACUGACAGGACUCCAUUGACAACCUCAACUAUUCGUUGUUGUGCUUUGGGGUGCAUAUUAGUAUUCAGUGCAUUGACAUUUCGCAUAAAACAUGGAGAAUUGGAUGACCAAUCAGUAAGCAUGACAUUUAUGAUGUGACACAUGACAUUAACUGACCUUUAGUUUUUGUGCUGUCACAUUGAAUAAGGAUGUUAAGAUGUAUGCAAAUGUAAUGUCUUUUAAAACCUGUGAUAUGAAUUGUCAAGGAAUGCCAGCUAAAUGCCACAAGAACACUUUGCUUAAGAAAUUUCUUGUGUUUAAUAUUACAAAGAGAGUAUUAAGUAGCAGUGCUUUUAUAUCAAAUGGAUAUUGAUAUCACUACUUUUCUGUAGGAGAAUAAUCAUUUAUUACAGGGAUGGGCUUGGGUGGUGUGUCAGAGGUUGACAUGUACAGAAAAUAACAACGUUUCCUCCACA